AUGAGAAACCUCAUCACUCUGAAUCGUGGAAGGUUCAAGCCACAGUCCUUUGAGGUCCCCGACUUGAGAUUAUAUGGAAGCGUCUUUGAUACGCUAUCCGACAGCAUAACUUGCGUUCUCGGUGAUUACGAUCUAGGAGCUUUCGAGGUACACCAAUAUAUGAAAGACGGAAGUUGCAAUACACUGGCGUCUUUCAAUUUGCAAACACUGGGUGGCGAACUCUUGUCAUUUGCACACUUCGGAGACCUUGGACAGCUGGUGUUUGUGAUGUCGCAAGGCGAUAUUAUAACCGCGUCUUAUGACACAGUGGGAUUUGAUCCUUCGUUUGCUGUAGUAGAAAUUGUGGGCUCUAUAGAUGGCGGAAUCAGUGCUGCAGAGUGGUCGUACGACGAAGAGACACUGGCUUUAGUCACUGCCGAACGUAAUGUGGUGUUAUUGAGCAGGCAAUUCGACCCUAUCGCUGAAUACAAGUUGGAAGAAGAUGAUUUGAAGAUGUCUAAGCAUGUGAAUGUUGGCUGGGGUAAGAAAGAGACACAGUUUAGGGGCAAAGGCGCACGUGCCAUGGAAAGAGAAGCUCUUGAAAGCUUAAAAGCUUCAGGCCUUGUCGGCGAUGAAUUGAGGGACCCUACUAUGCCCUACCUUGUUGACAAAGGGACAGUCAGUGCCAUGGAUUCAAGAAAAGCGUCUAUCUCCUGGCGUGGCGAUUGUGAAUACUUUGUGGUAUCAACAAUAGAAGCAGUGCACGAAGAGAGCGACGAACCCUUCGAGAGAAGAGUGUUAAGAGUCUUCUCACGCGACGGGCAGCUCCAGAAUGUCUCUGAGCCUGUCGACGGCCUGGAGGAUCUUGUGAGCUGGAAACCACAAGGCUCUCUGAUUGCUUCAGUGCAGAGAAGGGACCAAAUUCCUGGUGAGGAGUCGGUUGAUUUGGUUUUUUUUGAAAGAAACGGUUUAAGGCAUGGGGAAUUUGACACUAGGCUAUCACUAAACGAAAAAAUCCAGGCAUUGUGUUGGAACUGCAAUUCAGAAGUUCUUGCUAUCGUUCUCGCUGAUCGAAUUCAACUCUGGACGACUAAGAAUUACCAUUGGUACUUGAAACAAGAGGUUUAUGCCAACGAUAUAAAGUUUGUGAAGUGGCAUCCCGAAAAAGAUUUCACCUUGAUGUUUGGGGACGAAGAUUAUGUUAAUGUCGUUGACUUUGCUUAUAAACUCGCACUGGGCCCAACAUUAGAACCCUCAGACUCUGGAACGGUUUUAGUGGUUGAUGGAUGUACCGUCAAUAUCACGCCGUUAGGGUUAGCAAACGUACCUCCACCUGCAUACUACAGAGACUUCGACGCCCCAGGAAAUGUUCUCGAUGCCGCCACAAGCCUGUCCAAUGAAUUAUACGUUGCGAUAACUAACAACGAGCUUGUUUUGGCAACAGUGCCAAGUCUUGAAGAUAUGAAAAAGGGUCUCCAACCUUGCGUGGUGUCGAGACUUCACAAGUCAAUCUUAGCCACAGAAUACGACUCACUACGUCAAGUUGCAUUUAUGAAUGAUAACGUUCUGGGGGUGCUCUUAGAUGCCGACAACUUAUCUCGUAUAGCACUAAUUGAUGUUACAGAUAUCACUCAACCAACUGUGUUCAAUAUUAUCGAGACGUUCGACAAAGUUGUUUUACUACGCACCAGCUUUGAAUACAAUUAUAUGGUCUAUGAGACUAAGGACUCACGCGUAGUGCAACUUGAUCAAGAGGGACAAACAGUUGAAGUUGCCAAAUUCCCACAGUUGGUUCGUGAUUUGAGGGUGAAAAGAGUUGAAAACUCCAAGGCUGUCGACGAAGAUGACCGUCUUGCAGAAGAUUCAAAAAUUGUUGCAUUUGGCCUAGCUGCCAAUGGAAAACUGUAUGCGAACGACAUACUACUCACAAGCACCGUUACUUCAAUGGAGGUUACUGAGAAGUUUUUAAUGUUCACAACAGCUCAACACAAUCUUCAAUUUGUUCAUUUGAAUUCAACCGAAUUUAAGGCUUUACCUAUCGUCGAGGACAGCGUUGCAGAUGAAAGAGUAAGAGCAAUCGAAAUGGGUUCGACCCUCGUUACGGCAAUGCCUUCUAGGUCUUCGGUAGUGCUUCAAGCGGCCCGUGGAAACCUGGAAACAAUAGCUCCGAGGAUUAUGGUUCUGGCUGGCGUGCGAAAAAGUAUACUGGCUAAAAAGUACCUUGAAGCUCUCAUGUCUUGUCGUACUCAUAGAGUGCACCUAGAUAUUCUACAUGACUAUGCACCCGACCUCUUUUAUGAAAAUUUGGAGCAUUUCAUUAAUGAUAUUGGAAAGGGAGAGCAUCUCGAUUUAUUCAUAUCGUGCCUUACCGAGGAAGAUGUCACAAUCACAAAGUACAAAGAAACCCUACGCGCUUCUAUGGAUGAGAGAUUCGAGUUAGCCCCGUCAGCUCCGACUGAAAUGGAGUUAUAUAUGAAGAAAAAAAUGUUCAAUCCAGAGCUUUCAAAAGUUAACAAAAUAUGCAAUGCUUUGCUUGAAGUUUUCCUCAAUAAUCCCGAUUACAAAAAAAAGUACAUUCAGUCAAUUCUGACAGCAUACGCUUGCCAGAAUCCACCAAACCUCGAAGCGGCAAUGAUGCUAAUUUCUUCGUUAGAAGAAGAAAGCGAUACAUGCCUGACAUAUCUGUGCUUUUUGCAUGACGUUAACCAACUCUACAAGGUUGCUUUGUCGUUAUACGACAUCAAGCUCACCUUGAACAUUGCGCAAAAGUCUCAAAUGGAUCCUAGAGAAUACCUGCCAUUUUUGCAAGAACUUCACGAAAAAGAACCGCUAGUCCGACAAUUUAUGAUUGACGACUAUCUCAAACGUUAUGAAAAGGCUUUAGACCAUCUUUCUGCCUUAGAGAAAGAUUCAAAAAGGCUCUCUCAAAAAUUCAUUGAUUAUGUUCAAACCCAUGAUCUCUACAUUUAUGCUUUGAGCAUGUUCAGGUAUGAGCCUGACAAGCAGAAUGACAUUUAUCAUAUCUACGCUCCAUUCCUCUCGUCGAAACAGGAGUAUGGCGAAGCGGCUGUUAUUUAUGAAAUGCUGGGCGAAAACAGAGAAGCUGUCGAAGCUUACACCCUUGGAAAAAAGUGGUGCGAAGCCUUGGCUCUUGCAGCUCUCAAAUUCAGCGACGAUGUUCCUAGCGUUGCGGAUCAGUUGGUGUCAUCUUUGUCAUUUGAUCACAGGUUUGAAGAGGCUGCACAAAUUGAAUUUGUUUACUUGAAAAACACCAGAGAAGCUGUCAAACUUUACUGCAAAGCGUACUCCUACGAGAAGGCGACCUUAGUUGCCGUAAACGACAAGCACCCUGAACUUAUCGAGGAAGUGCUUGACCCUGGGCUUGGAGAAGGAUUUGGUACAAUUGCAGAACUUCUUGCAGAUUGCCAAAGCCAAGUCAACUCACAACUCAGGAGACUGCGUGAGCUGCGACAGAAAAAAGGUGAUGACCCAUAUGCCUUUUACGGCCAAGAAACAGAGCAGGCUGACGAUGUGUCAAUAGCAGCAUCCGAAACCUCAACCAAAGAGUCGUUUUUCACUCGUUACACCGGCAAAACCGGCGGUACUGCCAAAACCGGUGCCUCGAGGCGCACUGCAAAAAACAAACGCCGUGAAGAGCGUAAACGUGCCCGGGGCAAAAAAGGUACUAUCUAUGAAGAGGAAUACCUAAUUCAGUCGAUAGGGAGGCUGAUAGACAGACUCACUCAAACCGAACCAGAUGCACUAAAGCUUAUUGAAGCGCUACUGAGGCGCAGAAGGAGGGAAGAGGCUUACCAAAUUCAGAAGCGGUUCGUUGAGGUUACUUCUUUACUCAAGGACAACGUCGCAGAAAUAUACACCCUGAGCGAGAAAGAUAGGGAGAGAGUUGAUGAAGACGGAAACAUCUAUUAUGUUCCUGAAAUUCCUGUACCCACUAUAAAGGAUUUCCCAGCCCUUAAGACUGUUGGGUAUUAG